AAAGUGGAGUCAUCUCUUCAGUCUCUCUCUCUCUCUCUCUCUCCUUCCCUAACUCUCUCUCUCUCUCUCUCCCAGGCUUUUAAAAGCAGCUGGACUUUGAAGUCAGUCAGUCGACACAGAGAUGUCUCCCACUGUACUUUGUGCUAGCUUUUUCUUGGCAUGUGCCUUGACAUUGAGUUCUGCUCAAACGAGCUGCAGAGGCCGAUGUGGUGCCGAGUACUACAGAGGUUACAUGUGCCAGUGUGAUUACACCUGCCUGCCAUAUGGAGAAUGCUGCAAAGACUACGAGUCCCAGUGCACCACAAGAAACUCGUGUAAAGGUCGUUGUGGAGAGACCUUCAGGAGAGGUCGGCUGUGUAACUGCGACAUCGAUUGCGUCAAAUACAAACAGUGUUGCCCAGAUUACAAGUCCCACUGUGAUGCCGAGGAAGAAAUCAGUGGAGCAGCCAGUGCAACAACACCAGUGAAGACUGGUUCAUGUGAUAAUGUAAACAAUAACAAACCCAAAGAGUCAAAUCUGAGUGAAGCUGAAGAGCAGCCUUUUGCAGUCAGCGAGGGAAGCGAUACAGACGUGAUCGGCCAGAGUCUUCCAAAUGACGACUUCUCCAACAGUGGACUGGAGGAGGCGAAUCCGUUGCCUGACAGCACCAGUGGGUUUGGAUUAUCCACCGCUGAGCCGCUGGUUCAAGAGACCACUGAUCCAACACCGGAACCAAACACUCUGGAGUUCAGUCCAGAGACAGGGACUGGUUUUACUCAGACAGAGACAGCACCAACGCAGGCUGAUGACAGCACCUCCACCGCUCAGAGCACAGCACCUCCAGAUGUCAGUGAUCCUCUCAUCUCAACCAGCGCAGGAACAACCUCUCCUGAGUCCACAACAGCAGCUGACCACAUCACUUCCCAGCCUCCUGUGACCUCCUCUGCCCAAACACAGGUUUCUCCUACUACAGCCAGCAGUCCAGAGACAAAUGUGCCGACAACAGCACAACCCCAGGAUGACUUUGUUGCUGAGACGCAGAAGACAAACCCAAAUGAAGCCUCCUCUGAUACACCAGUUGUUACAACACCACCCAUCAACACGUCACCAUCUACAGGAGCCACGCAAGACAACACUGAGCAGGACACCAGCCUCUCUACCUCGUCAACGCAGGACUUGACAUCCAACCCGGAUGCAACCACCUCAAACCCAUCUACAGGAGCCACACCAGACAACACUGAGCAGGAUACGUCUCCGGUUACCAGCAUCCCUGCCUCGUCAACGCAGGACUUGACAUCCAACCCGGAUGCAACCACCUCAAACCCUGAACAUCAUGUCACUGAGAACAUCUCAGAAGACACCACAGCAAGCGCUCUCUCUGUUCUGGCCGACACUGAAGAUCCCUCCUCCAGUGUUUCUCCAGAGGAGCCAGUUUCAGACCUCGAUGCCCUGACGACUCGUGUUCCCUCCUCUUCAGCCACAGCACAGCAUGAUACUACAGACGUUUCAGACGUUACACCACACGUGUCCACCGAUGACCCACUGAACGUCACACCAGACCACACCGAGCCACAAGCAUCUGACAAAACCACUUCAAAACCACAGACCAAACCUGACCCGUACAAACCGCCUCCAACUAAACCAACUGAGGUUAAACCAGAGAAUAAGCCCCUGGUCACUGCACACACUCUAAAUAUAGAUGAUUCAAGAGGCUACCAAGCAGAUGACAGUAACGACACAAACCUGUGCAGUGGGCGGCCGGUCGGUGCAGCUACCACACUGAGGAACGGUACAGUGGUGGUUUUCAGAGGGCACUACUUCUGGUUCCUGAACAGAAACAGGGAGCCAGGUCCGGCCAGAGCUAUCACACAAGUAUGGGGUGUCCCCUCCCCUAUUGACACCGCCUUCACCCGCUGCAACUGCCAGGGCAAAACAUACAUUUUCAAGGGAUCCCGGUACUGGAGGUUUGAAAACGAUGUUUUGGACCCUGAUUAUCCUAAAGUCAUUGAAACAGGCUUCGAUGGGCUUCGGGGUCACGUGACAGCAGCUCUGUCUGUGCCUGAGCACAAGAAGAGGAGAGAGUCGGUCUAUUUCUUCAAGCGAGGUGGACUUGUCCAGAAGUACUCAUACCAGUUUGGCACCAGUCCGACAUGUGGCAGAAAAGUCCAGUACGCAGUUUACACUGUGCGCAAUCGAAUGGCUCGACAAGCAGUGUCUCUUUUAGGCGCACCCAUCAACAUCAGGACUUCAUGGAGAGGCUUUCCUACCACUGUCACAGCUGCUGUGUCUGUUCCCAGUACCACAGAACAAGAUGGAUACAAGUACUACGUCUUCUCAAGAUCCAAGUCCUACAACGUCAGGAUGGAAGGGGAACGUCCCGUCAUUGCUGCUCCUAAAGUCAACACGUCACCUCAGAGCAACAGCUUGUUCAAAUGUCCAAAGAAAGUUUGAAAUAAU